ACUGGAGGAGAUAGAGAACAUUUUGAGGUCCGAGAAGAAACGAAAGUGUGCUCGUUAAAAACAUUGAAACUGGUGCAAACUUGGCCAAAGCGUCCCGCAAACACCACAGUAAUGGCGAGGAAGAAAAGCAAGCAACAAGGGGUCGGCCAGAAGGAGCUUGUGCCUGGACAGCAGACCGCACCGAAGAGCUCUGUCUCUCCCGGCGAUGCAGCUGGCGGUGGCGGCGGAGGAGAUGCUGGGUUGGAGAGGCUGGGCAACACCAGGGCGAACCAGCCCAUGCACACCUGCUGCCUGCUGUGCCAUCGAGAAUUCAAGGACUGGGGAGCGGGUUCUGUCAACGGGCUUCCCGCCGGCCACGGGACGAAGCUGGCCGACGCGGUGCCUGCACUCUCCCAGGCCUUAUUGCGGGAGGCGCCGGGUCGAAAGCUGGCCGACGCGGUGCCCUCGCUUUCCCAGUCCCUGCUGGGAGAGGUGCCUCUGUGGAUCUGUCAGAGCUGCUGCAAGAGUGUGGAGGAGGAGGAGAGAAGGAGCACGCAGGAGCAGCCCUCAUCGGUACCAUUGUCACACUCUUCCUCUUGUAAGUCCCAAAGCUGUGGGAACGGUUACCCAGAGCAAAGUACUGUAGACUGGGACCCGAGUUCCUUCCUGUCGGCCCACAAACUGUCAGGUCUCUGGAACUCAGCCCACUCCAAUGGCGGCGAGCACUGCAACCACAACACUUCUUCGCACUCACAAGGUCUGUCAUCACAAGGGCUAACAGCCUGUCACGAAAAACGGGGGCUUCACGAAGCACCUGGAAAAUCGUCAAAAACCUCUAGUCCUAAAGUCUGUCCCUACAGUCACCCGUCAUCCCAGAAUUCCAGUGGAUCCUCUGCUGGGAACUCCCAGUCUACCUCAGCAGACCUCUGUAAGACCACUCCCAAGCACUUCAAGACCAUGUGCCGUCGACCAACGCCACCAGGGGAAGCCUUUCAUCCCAGUGACCACCAUCAACAUGCAGACUUGUCGGUACCGCCCAACAGUCCCACCGGUCUCUCCUCCCAGCAUUCCUCCAUCCUCCCCCCAAAGCCAAACUCCGGACAGCACGGCCACGUCACUUCGUCCUGCGGCACUGGGGUGGCGGCCCAGACGUCUUUCUCCCCGUUGGUACCAAACCUACACAACCCCACAGCCAAACUCAACUCCCCAAGUCCAGACAGUCCAACAUCGGUUCAUAAACCCAGUUCAUGCAAAAAUUCCCACAUUCCUGCAGUAAACACACAACACGGCAAACUAGGAACGUCUCUAAUGGGCUGUAACCACUCUUGUAACGGACACAACCCGGGAACUGUGGCCGCUUCAAAUGUAGGGCAUCUGACGGCUGGAGCCUGCAGGGAUCAGGCAUGUAAAGGGCACAAAGUGACAAAUGGCACGUUGUGCCACCCAUCGUCUGAGCUGGAAGAAGGUGAGGAUGAAGACAGCAGCUCUGAGAGGAGCUCCUGUGCCUCUUCUUCAACCAAUCAAAAGGACGGGAAAUACUGUGAUUGCUGCUACUGCGAGUUCUUUGGACACAAUGCGCCUCCAGCUGCACCAACCAGCAGAAACUACGCUGAGAUCCGUGAGAAGCUUCGCUCACGUCUAACGCGACGUAAAGAAGAGCUGCCUCAGCGUCAGGAUGCAGAGCUGACCGCAGUCGGUGCCAUCGACAACAGGGACGUGGACGAGCUGCUGGACUUCAUAAACAGCUCGGAGCCUAAACCAGUCAACAGUGCCAAGGCUGCCAAGAGGGCUCGACACAAACAAAAGAAAAAGGAAAAAGCUCAGCAGGUUAACACGGGUUCUGCUGGCAGUGAACCCCAGUCCGGUGUGGCUGAGGAGCCCGUAGACGAUCCCACCGCCGAUGGGCCUGAAACCAGUCGGCUGCUUGACUGGCCUCAGCUGGAACUCGAGCGCGUCAACAGUUUUCUCACAAGUCGACUGGAAGAGAUCAAGAACACCAUCAAAGACUCGAUCCGGGCCUCGUUCAGCAUGUACGACCUCAAUCUGGACGUCAAUGACUUUCCCAAGAAGGCGGCUACAUUGGAGGGAAACCACCUGCUGUCCCAUCUCAACGGUUCCUCUGACUUGCAGCAGAUAGACCUGGACCUUUCUCCUCUCUCGCUGGGAAGCUUUAAGAGCCACCUGGACCUGGUUAAUGGAUGGGAGGACACGAAUAUGUCCUCUCCUCCCAACGCUGCUGCCAACACCCCAUCAGGUGUCAGUGCUGCUUCAAAGGACACCCAGCGGUUGCACACUACAAGCGGUCUCUCAAAGCUCGCUAGAGUUCGGUCCCCAGAAAGAUGCACUUCCGCUGGAUCUGACAGUUUGCCACAGGUGCCAGCCCAAGCGACGGCAAAAUCAAAGGAGGAUGCUCCUGAUCCCAAGAGCGCUGGAAACGUCAGCGCAAAGUCGAAGAAGAAUAAAAAGCAGCAGCUAAAACAGGAGCAGUCAGUAUUGGAGCAAAACUCUAGCAAACCAACCAAAGCUGCCUCUUGGAACGAAGCACAGAAAACCAAUGAGUCUAAAGACGCGGCGUCUCACGGCUCAAAGGCUGGGAGCAAACAGCUUCAGCAACCAGCAGACAACCAGAGGAACGGGCCUAAGAAAACUGAGGAGGGGAGGUCGUCCAAACAUGUAUCAAAUGGAGCGAACGGCCUUGUGGGUGCACCAAGGGGUAAAACUGACAUGGAGACCCGAGGAGGUCGAUCUGAGCAGGAAUCAGAGAGCAAAGCUCCCACCUCCAUUCCUCCAAAUGGACCUCCACAGCAACAAACCAAGGGGAAAAAUAAGAAGAACAAGAAUAAGGGAGAAAAGUCCAACAGUGCUAUUGAUGACGUAUUUCUCCCUAAAGAUGUGGAUCCCACAGAAAUGGAUGAGAUUGAUCGGGAAGUUGAAUACUUUAAAAGGUUCUGCCUUGAUUCAGCAAAGCAAACUCGCCAGAAAGUAGCAGUGAACUGGUCCAACUUCAGCCUCAAAAAGGUUCCUUCCAACGCAGCUCAAUAACUUGGGAUGAAAUUCAGAGGGGGAGAAAAAAAUUCGUCACGUCACAAACUCUCUCAGCAGAACCCGGUUUGGCCUGAGCCCUUCUCUCAUUCCCGGUUUUCUUCUCCUGAUAAAGCCAAGGGACCCUGGUUUUAAAAACUCGCUCUUCACUAAAAAGACUGAAAAGCGACUCGUUGGCUGUGAAGCCACUUGGCGUUCUCAAGGCCAACUCUACCCUUUUGCUAUGAUUGCAACGUGAACUGAAUGAGUUUUACAGAAACAGAAAAAAGUCUGUUGAUUUAACUGCAUCCAUGUGCUUACAUAUGUAGUAUGUAAACAAUUACAUGAAAUAAAUGGUUUUAUCACAAAUCUGCGAAAUUUUAACGUUGUUAAACUGAUGAAUUACGAUGAAGUCAAAUGGAAUUGGUGCUCAUCAUCCAUCACAACCUGCAGUCUAAUCCAAAUAUGCUAAUAAUGUACAGUUGUCAGAAUGGAGCACAAUAUAAUAUUUUGAACUAAUAUUAAGAAAACACAGCUACCAUCCUAAGUUACAGUUAUAACAGGAUUUGCCGCUUUUAUUCUCAAAAAGACUGAAGUCAGUCCUGGCACUGAAUUGGAUACUUUGUUCCUACACUUGAUUACGAUCAACAAUCUACCUUUCACUUGACCUACCUGCUAGACUUUCUUAUGAAACUGAAAAAAACUAAUACAGCAUGUUUUUUUUUUAAACAAUAGAUAUGAGAGCAACACUAAUAAUAUUCAUGUUGUCACUUAUUAAAUUAGGUUUUUUUUUUUUUUUUUUUUACAUUUGGCCGAUGGGAUGCAUGAUAAAUGUGAUUUCUAUCAGUCCCCCCUGCAGAUGCAUCCCUGUGCAUGAUGAAAAGGAACUACACUCUUUGCUCCUAUCUUGUAUUGAAAAAUUGUGUUGCUUCAGUGUCGGCCCCUCUUUGGUGUUAGUUAUGAAGAACUACGAUAUCCAAUACACUCUGAGACUAUGUGUUGAAGAAACCCCUUUUGCCAUGAAGUGCUUAUUCUCUAAACUGCUAUCUCAGCCCCUGCUUGGCAGCGCACUGUGCAAUGUUCACUCCAACGUUGGAAACACAUGGUUUGUUGCAGUUAAUUUAAAUGCUUGUACAUAUUGAGUGAAUAUUUUUGGCCCCUUCGAGUCUUUUUCUUACCUUCCUGAGGGUUGUUUGUGUAUAUGUGUGAGCUUCAUUUUUCAUCCAUAAUGCUCUGACCUGUACUGUUAACUUGAUGCUCUCCUCCCAAGUGUUUUCUUGGCAAAAAUAAUAGAAACAGACCUUUAGGACACAAGCCUUUGGCUUUACACCGGUAUCAAUGUUUUUGCCUGAUGGCUUUCAUGAAGAUUGAUGAUUUUUUUUAUUAUUAUUCUAGAUCUGUGCUGAAAUUCUGUUUUUAAUGUAACAUCUCUGAUGCUUUCCAGGUUAUACUCGACUAGAAAAGAUUACCUUAAUGUUUCGAAUGUAGAUUUAUACUAUACCAAUAACAGCCAAGUGUAUGUUGGCUUGUUUCUUUUUUUAAUUCACUUUUGAUACUGUGAAAAAAAAUCUUUCGUUCGGAAAGAUUAAAACAAUACAGUUUUGACAAAAUCA